AUGCGAGCGUCUGGUGGUCGAUCGAGUACUGGGACCCGUAGAUCGACCGGGUCAAACCCGAAAAAGUUACGGAAACCAACAACCAAACAUCAUCAAGAAGCUAGCGAUGGUCUCGCCAACCAUUCUAGCACACAUGAGGGGACGGCGCGAUGCCUUAAGGACACGUUCAGUACAAACAAACAUCGAAAACGACAACAACAACAUCAACACAAGAUCAACAUUGGUACAUGGAAUGUUACAUCACUAACUGGUAAGGAAAUGGAAGUGGUUGAAGAAGCGCAAAAAUACCAUUUAGAUAUACUUGGCAUUUCAUCAACAAAAAGAAAAAGCAAAGGAUCGUUAACUUUAAACAAUGGGUGUCAACUAUAUUAUUCUGGCGUCGACACAACAACUUAUGCUCAAGCUUGGGUUGCAAUACUUGUAAAUCCACGACUAGCAGAAUCAAUCGUCGAAUGGAAACCAAUCAACGAAAUACUAGCUCUCAUACGACUUCAACUAAAACGAACUACUCUAACGAUCAUCCAAAUAUAUGCACCAAAUAAUGAGGCAGACUAUUCAAUAUUCCUCGAUAUGGUCUUUACAACCAUCGAAAGCGUAUCGGUGACAGACUCUAAAUUACUUAUUGGUGAUUUCAACGCACAUGUGGGAAAUGACUCACAAGCAUGGAAUGGUGUUAUUGAACCAAAUGGCGAUAAAGAUAUCAGUAAUCAAGGAUAUUCUCAAUUACCAAUCAACGAAGGGGAUAGUGAAUCGGAAUGGCUCCUGUUCCGAACAGCUGUAAUUGGUGCAGCAGCUGACACAUGUGGCCUGAAACGACUUGGAUUAGUGAAUGGACAAAAACGAACGGCAUGGUGGACAGAAGAAAUUCGCAAGAUUAUAAACAAGAAGAAAACAGCGUACAGAACGUGGGUGCAACAGCCAACAUUACACAACUGGCACAAGUACAAGCAAAUCAGAGAUAACGUGAAGAAAACGGUGGGUGAAGCAAAAGCAAAAUCUUGGGAAAACCUUGGAUAUCAAAUGGAAUCAAAUUAUCAUUCAGCGACAAAGGUAUUUUGGCAAACAAUUCGACGAUUACGGAAAGGUGGAUUAAAACAAACGCGAUCGGUGAAAAAUGUAAAUGGUGAACUCUUAACACGCGAAGAAGAUGUCCUCCAUCGCUGGAAAGAAUAUUUUGCAGAAUUAUACAAUCCGUCCAAUAACUAUGACAACAAUAUAAAUUACCAAAUAUCGGGUGAUUCAAAUGACAUUACAAUGAGUGAAGUCUCAUCUGCAAUUAAAUCACUAAAAUCUGGUAAAGCGGCUGGAAUCGAUGAAGUUUAG